UAGCACAAGUCGUUAUUAAGAAAAAAAUAAAAACGUGUUUUUGUAACCUCAAAGUUCUUUUUGAGAAGAGGAAUUUUAAUUUUUACUUUAAACAUCUACCAUUUAAGAAACUGAGAAGCAACAAAACAAAAAUGAGUGACAAUCGCCAGUUCAGUUGCAGUAAGGGAAAUAACAGACCGAAUCAAGGUGGCUGUGUAAAUAACAAUGUAAUGCCAUCACAGUAUUGUCAAGAGUUUUCCAAGCCACCCUGGACUAGACCUGAAGAGGAUAGCGCCAGAUACAAUCAAUAUGCAGAGAAUCAGCAGAGGGUCAACGAGAUGAAAGCCCAACAGGAUAAUGAAUAUGGAAUGCAGUACAUGGCAAGACAGAAUGCUGGCCAGGCAAAUGAUGAGUGUUCCAAUAUACCCGAUCCUUGCAGCCCUGAGCAGGGUGUUUCACAGAACAAAUCGAAACCAAAAACCAAGAAACGACCAAUCAAACCAUUUGCAACGACUGACCAAUUGCGCAACAAAAUAUUUGGUUACAUUGAGAACCAACCGAACUUAGCACCAUUGACGCCAUUCAGAGGAUACCGCGAUGACCUUGUCAGGCAACAGUUGUGCUGCUCCGACGAAUUAGUCACCAAUCCACCUGACCCAUGUCCUCCUGAGGACCCAUGUGAAGAAUGGAACCCCGAACAAAAAGACUCAUCAUGUACAUGCCCUACACCUGAGCCUUCCCCCUCCUGUCCUCCAUCUAAUCCUACAUCAGGAAGAUCCAGUGCUUCACGCUGUGGACGUAAUCCCUGUUCAACCAAAAAGAAAUGCAAGAAAGUAGAUGAACCUAAGAAAAAUUGUGAGAGCGACGAGUUGGCUGACAUUCUGGAGUACUGCAAGCAAAUAAAGGGAGAGACUGCAGCUAUGUACAGUGAAGGCAACGCCACCAGCCAAGCACCAACUUACGGCUCAUUUUCGGCCGCCAUCAGUCCAUUCAAUGCGCCUGCGCCGUCCACUCCAGGCAGUAGUGCCGGUGCCACCAAGGAGCGUUAUGAGCCCGAUCCAGAGUUGAGAUGCGAGGAGGAAGAACUUAGUGAUGAAUUUGAUGCGGAGGAUUACAAGGAUCAUGAAAUGUUUGGAGGGCCAGAUGCAGUGCCUAGAAGAACUCUGAACGAGGAAAUGAAGAUGUAUAGACUACACAUUGCAAAUAUAAGAAAACGCUAUUUUGGAGAAAUGAUGAAGAAUGUGAGUAGAAUAGACUAUAUUUUUCAAAUUCUUUACCCAUUAGGCCUAUUGUUUCAGAAUUAGUAGUUCAUAUUACUUUGUGCUGAAAUGUUUAGGGUGUCGCUAUUAAAUGCUCAGUUCUGAUAAUCAUUAUAAUUAUAAACUAAUUUUAUUAAAA